GGAGAGAUCCCGAAUCGCAAGCGGGAUAGAGUGAGUUCGAAAAGUCGUCAGCUUCAAAGUUUCUAAGAUGAGUCGAGUUGCAGCACUUCUAAUGUGCGUCAAAAUACUAUCUUUUGUGGCAGGUUCUAUAGGUUCUACGAACUCUUCAUGGGAACAUCUUAUCCGACGGGACCUCCUCGACAAUUACGAUAGGAAAGUCCGCCCAGUGCUUAGAGGCAAAAAGAGCGUGAAAGUUCAAUUUGCUUUAAGAAUCGGCCGACUUGUCAAAGUGGAUAAUCAAGAACAGCUAGUUAUUCUGGACACUUGGGUCAUACAAAGAUGGGACAACGAAUUCUUAACUUGGAAUAUUAGUGAUUACGGAGACGUGGAUCGUGUUCAUUUUGAGCCCAGGGAAAUCUGGGUUCCUGAUAUAGCCCUGUUUAACAACGGUGACGAUGAUAUCAACUUGGCUGGUGGACCUAGCAAGUUUGUCACCGACGUUGCUGUAGAUCAUACAGGAAAGUGUUCUUGGGGUGGACCGGCAACAUUUAAAGUCAGUUGCAGAAUGAAGAUAGACCUGUGGCCAUUUGAUCAACAGGAGUGCCAACUUGCCUUUGGCUCGUUCAGUUAUGGAGAAAACCUUCUGAAGUUAAAUCUGUUUAAGGACCAAAGUAACUUUGCAACCCGUUUCGUUGAGAGUGGAGACUGGGAAAUCAAAAAUAUUACGGCCGCGAUAUCAAGCACUGAUCACGGCGACUGCUGCCCGUUUAACUUCAGCGAAGUUGUUUACACCUUAACCAUGGAACGAAAGUCACUGUACUAUAUGUUCUACCUCACUAUUCCUUCUGUUUUACUGACCGUCCUCGCACUAAGCAGCUUCCUAAUCCACGUUGAGAGUGGAGAACGUAUUGGCUUUGUGACAACGGUUCUCCUGGCCAUGACAGUGUUUCUGCUCGUUAUCCCAUCCUUCCUGCCUGUCACUUCGGACGGACUCCCAAUCCUGGGGGUCAAUCUCCAGGUCACUAUGAUCAUCAUAGCGUUAGUGUUGUUCGCCAACAUAUUUGUAGUGAGAGUGUAUUUCAAGGAAGGAACCCCCCCUGGCUGGAUCGAAAGAUUCUGCGACUUCUGCAACAUCAAGAAGGGGAAAAGGGUGAGGAGGAUAAAUGUAUCGCGGCCUAACAGUGGGUCUCAUGAGGCUCGUGGACGAUCCUCGGUAACAGUUAACGGUGUUGAGAUGAUGGAGUCAAAUGACAAGAACCCACCACUAGAUGACAGGAUAGACGAGGAACCAGAGUACACGUGGAAAAGAGUGGCUAAAAGAAUGGAUUACAUGUUUCUUCUGGUUUUCCUUAUCAUUGCGACUGUGGCAUAUAUUGUCACAUUUGUAUCACCGAUGUAGACCUCUAACAAGCCAUCCUAAAAUUGUCACAGUGACAAUAUUCCUUGAUGUGCUGUAAAUCGAAAGUUGAUGCUUGUAUCCUUGAUUUAGUUACAACUGAUCAGAGCGAGCAACUUUUCAUUAAAUUGACACAUAAGAAGAAGCUAUAGUAAAUGACAUAAUGUACCAAUCAAACCUGUAUCAUUAAGACCGCCGUGAUAUUUUCCCACGUGUUAAGUUAACUGUUUGCGCAUGCGUACGAAUCGUGUGUAUAUCUAUUUAUUUCAGCAGUACUUUUUGUAGUCACACAAGACGGAUUCUUCAUAACACAAUCAAAUAAAACGUGCAGAUCGUUCUCCGAUAUAAGGAUAAUAACUAACUGAAAAUGGCAACUAGGAUCCAUUUAGGUCGGCUGUAUUUCCAGCAAGUUAAAAAUCAGAAAUGAAUGUUCGGAUAUGUAACAUAUGUUGUUACGUCGCAUCGCCCACAGCGCAGUCUUUUGAAAUAGCCAUUCAUGCUCCAUAAUCGUUGUGGUACUUGGAAGAAAAUCAUUUCAUUAUUACCAUAUGUCAAAAUAUUAUCAAAUUAUUAAUCAAUCAGUUAAUGAUUCAUAUGACAACUUAGUUUUAUCAACUAAGUUCACAAAGAUAACUGAAUGAGUAAAGAGUUUCUAAAGCUGA